AUGAAAGCUGUUAUUAUAUCUUAUAUAAAAUCAUGCACGGAAUGUUCGAAAUACAAUGUUGAUCGUCAUAAACCUCCUGGAUUUUUACAACCAAUUGAACCACCUGCCGACGUUUUUCAAAUAUUAGGUAUGGAUUGGUGGGGGCCUGUUCAAACUUUAAUUGAUGGAAACCGCUACAUAUUGGUUAUCACAGAUCGAUUAUCCGGUUACGUUUUUGCUACUGCAUCACCAACAAAUACUGCUCAAGAUACAGCACGUAUUCUAUUUGAAGAAGUAAUAUUAACUCAUGGACCUCCUGACAUAGUUAUCACGGACCAAGGAACACACUUCAACAAUGAGUUACUACAAGCUGUUAUUAACUUAAUCGGUAGCAAACAUAUUUUUUCAACACCGUACCAUCCACAAACGAAUGGACAAACUGAACGGUGGAAUUCAACAUUUGCUACACAACUUGCUAAAUUUUGUAAUGAUGACCACAAUAAUUGGGAUACCUAUUUACCAUCUAUUGUUUAUGCUUACAAUCAUGGCAUUCACCAUUCUAGUGGAUUCACACCUUAUCAACUGGCAUUCGGUCGAAGACCACGCAAUCCAUUUGAUCCUCCACAAUCAGUUUUUAUUUCAAAAAACCACAUGAUUAUUACACGCAAAUCCUUAAAUAUCGAAGUAUUGCAUUAA